AUGGAUCUAUUCUCUUCUUCGGGACAUAGGGACUGGGGUGGCAUCCUUGACUGCAUCAUACCUAAGGUUUCGGAAGAGAUGAAUGCUACAUUAUCGACUCCGGUUUCUGCGGACGAGAUAAAACAGACUGCUUUGAAAAUGGGUGGUCUUAAAGCCCCAGGCCCUAACAGUUUCCAAGGCAUCUUUUAUAGGUCACAGUGGGAUAUUAUAGCUGUGGAUGUAAAUAAAAUGAUUGAGGAUCUAAUGGUUGGGUCUUUACAACCUUUGCAAAUCAAUGCGACUCACCUGGCUCUAAUUCCAAAAGUUCCAAACCCGGAGUCUGUGUCUCAUUUUCGCCCCAUCAGCCUCUGCAACUUUUCUUACAAAAUUCUAUCCAAGGUCCUGGCUAAUCGCUUAAAAAGCUUUCUGCCGGAUCUGAUCUCUCCAACCCAAAAUGCUUUUGUGGAAGGUAGACAAAUUCAAGACAACAUUGGUAUUGCGCAUGAGCUAUUCCACUUCCUUAAAACAAGAAAGACGAAAUGCAAGCUGGAGUUGGGAAUUAAACUGGACAUGCAUAAAGCUUAUGAUAGGGUGGAAUGGGACUUCUUAUUGGCAGUUAUGGAGAAGAUGGGCUUUGAUCGUCAUUGGAGAAAUUUAAUCCUGGGGUGUAUUUCCACUACGGAUGAGAGAAAUUGUAGGAAUUUAAUUCAGGUAAUGGAUGAGUACUGCUUGGCUUUGGGACAACAGGUCAAUAAGUCAAAAUCCAGUGUUUACUUUGGGGGAAAUGUACCGAAGUCUCUCUCAAUCCAGCUAGCUACCAUUCUUGGUAUGGAAAUAGUUGGGGAUCCAGGAUUGUACUUGGGUGUUCCAGCUAUUUGGGGUAAAUCUAAAAAGAACGGACUUGCUUACAUCAAAGGUCGUCUGUUAGGAAAAAUCCAAGGUUGGAAGCGUACUACUCUCUCUCAGGCGGGGCAUGAAAUCCUUAUCAAGGCAGUGGCGCAAGCAAUUCCGGCGUAUCCUAUGAACCUCUUCAAAUUUCCUUCGACUCUUUGUAAUGAACUUGAUGCUUUGAUAUCGAAGUUUUGGUGGGGUCAAAAAGAGGGCGAGAACCGUAUUCAUUGGGUCUCUAAGGAAAUAUUGGGCCGAUCAAAACAAGAUGGUAGACUUGGUUUGCGGUGCUUCACAGAUUUCAACGAUGCUCUUUUGGCAAAGCAAUGUUAG